UGGUGCUCUGCUUGAGCGAGAAUGACCAGCACCAUCCAGCAGCCAAUCGGAAGCAGCUGACUCGUUUGGACAGCGGUUCUCAUAUUUUCCUUGAAGGAGCACUAGGUUACGGUCGAAGAGGAGAAUAUCCGCAGACAACUAGUCAGUGAGGUUGCAGGUGGCGUUUCGAAGCGUUUAGAUGUCUCUACAAUCUACACCAUGCUCUCCUCAAGGUUAGCCUACAUGGGAACCGUGCCUGAAUGAAUAUAUAAACGACAAACCGCUGAAAAUAGGCUACCCGUUGCUGCUUGAAUGGAAUAGAUUAAGAAAUGUUUUACACGAUAAUAUUAAAGGAAUCCGAUUAGGCUAUAUAUGUAUUUAUUGGAUUUAUUUGUUGGGUAUGUAGGUUAUUGACGCAUAGAGGUGAAGGCUAUUUGCACAAACCUUAAGUUACUGAUGUCCAAAUAAACGGGAUGCAACUGAGAAGAGAGGGGCUUGCAUGUCAAUGAGACUCACCUUGCAGUCCUGAGGUAUUGAUGAAAGAAAAACUCUGAACAGUGGGAGACUCACUGUAACACUGGAACUGUUUCAUUGGAACCCCCUGGGCAUAUUUUUCCAUCUGGAUCAUUUUAGAGGGAUUCACCUACAGGUCAACACCCCCUCUGGUUAAUGACAAUCACACAGCUCCCUCCAAGUUCAUCUACCCCUUCUGGUGUCCAACCCUGUGGGUUUAGACAGGUGAACGCAGACAGACAGCAUGGCUAGAGGGAGGUUUAUCUACUGUCUACUAGGCCAGUUGUUCACUGGCCUGAUUCUGUUUUCCGUUGGACUAUCCUCAAUCCAGAGAGAUAAUGAUUGUCCCCAGCAGUGUGUAUGCGAGAUCCGACCCUGGUUCACCCCUCAGUCCACCUACAGAGAAGCCACGACGGUGGACUGCAAUGAUCUCCGUCUCACACACAUCCCAGGCAACCUGUCCAGUGACACGCAGGUGCUCCUCCUGCAGAGCAACUACAUCGCCAGGACCAGUGAGGAACUGGAGCAGCUAUACAACCUGACAGAGUUGGACCUGUCUCAGAACAACUUCAGCGGCAUCCAUGACGUGGGCCUCAGCAACAUGUCCCAGCUCACCACCCUGCACCUGGAGGAGAACCAGAUCACUGAGAUGCCUGACUACUGCCUGCAGGACCUCAGCAACCUGCAAGAGCUCUACAUCAACCAUAACCAGAUCAACAUUAUCUCCCCCAAUGCCCUCUCUGGCCUGCACAACCUGCUCAGGCUCCAUCUAAACUCUAACAGGCUCAAGGCCAUCAACAGCCGCUGGUUUGAGUCUACUCCCAAUCUGGAGAUCCUCAUGAUCGGGGAAAACCCUAUAGUUGGCAUUCUGGAGUUUAACUUCAAGCCUCUUGUAAACCUGAGAAGCUUGGUUCUGGCUGGAAUGGAUUUAACAGACAUUCCUGGAAAUGCCUUUGUGGGACUAGAUAACCUAGAGAGUCUCUCCUUCUACGACAAUAAGCUAGUCAGAGUUCCUCAAAACGCUCUUCAGAAACUACCUAACCUCAAGUUCUUGGACUUGAACAAAAACCCUGUGCACAAAAUUCAAGAGGGGGACUUGAAGAACAUGCUGAGGCUGAAAGAGCUGGGCAUUAACAACAUGGGGGAGCUGGCCUGCAUUGACCGCUUUGCCCUUGAUAACCUCCCUGAGCUCACCAAGCUGGAAGCCACUAACAACCCCAAGUUCUCCUACGUGAACCGCCAGGCCUUCCGUGACCUCCCCGCCUUGGAGAGUCUCAUGUUGAACAACAACGCCCUUAACGCCCUCUACCAGUCCACUGUGGACUUCCUGCCCAACCUGCGUGAGAUCAGUAUCCACAGCAAUCCCAUGCGAUGCGACUGCGUCAUCCAGUGGAUGAGCUCCAACAAGACUAGCAUCCGCUUCAUGGAGCCCCUCUCCAUGCUCUGUGCCAUGCCAGCCAAGGUCAGAGGGCAGCAUGUGAGGGAGGUGCUCCAGCAGGACUCAGCAGCGCAGUGCCUGCCGAUGAUCUCCCACGACACAUUUCCCAACCACCUGAACCUGGACAUCGGCAUGACUGUGGAUCUGGACUGCCGAGCCAUGUCCCAGCCCGAACCGGAGAUCUACUGGGUCACGCCCAUGGGGAACAAGGUGAUGAUAGACACCAUGUCUGAGAAGUACAGCCUCAGUAGCGAAGGAACGCUACGCAUCUCUCACAUCCAGGUAGAGGACUCUGGCAGGUACACCUGUGUGGCACAAAAUGUUGAGGGGGCAGACACUCGGGUGACUGCUGUUAGGGUGAAUGGUACUCUCUUAGACAGCACCCAGCUGAUGAAGAUCUAUGUGAAGCAGACUGAGUCCCACUCUAUCCUAGUCUCCUGGAAGGUCAACUCCAAUGUCAUGACCUCCAACCUCAAGUGGUCAUCUGCCACCAUGAAGAUAGACAACCCCCACAUCACCUACACAGCCAGGGUCCCGGUGGAUGUCCAUGAGUAUAACCUCACACACCUACAGCCUGCCACCAAGUAUGAGGUGUGUCUCACCGUCUCCAACAUCCACCAGCAGACGCAGAAGUCCUGUGUCAACGUCACAACGAAGCAUGCAGCCUUUGCUGUGGAGAUAUCCGAUCAAGGCACUAACACUGCUCUCGCAGCUGUCAUGGGAACCAUAUUCGGCAUCAUCAGCCUGGCCUCUAUGGCUGUGUACAUUGCCAAGCGGUGGAAGAGGAAAAACUACAAUCACUCCCUGAAAAAGUACAUGCAGAAAACAUCCUCCAUCCCACUCAAUGAGCUCUACCCUCCCCUCAUCAACCUGUGGGAGGUAGACAGUGAGAAGGACAAAGAGGUGUCCUCCUCCUCAGAGACCAAACCCAGCCAAGUGGACACUACACAGAGCUACUAUAUGUGGUGAUAGCUACUGGGUCGUUCCACCAAUUCGGUGCCUUUUGAGAAGUGUAACUUGGUAAAAAAAAAUGUUUGAUUUCACCUAAUAUUAUCAUUCUGUCAUAAAGAGCACAUGUUGAACUUCAUUAAAAACACAUUUUCUCAUCUCAAAAGGUUAAAUAUAAAAUUACUAUGGUAAGUGUCUAUUAAGUGCCAAAUAAAGUAACAGGGUUGACGGUAACAGGGUUGACAAUUUCAUCUAAUAUCAGCCAUAAAUCCCCUUGUGACAGGGGGAAUGGAAGCGUGUUGUGUACAACAGGGAAUGCAAGCUUCACAACAAAAUUGAAGUUGUUGAAAUAUUUCUAGCCUGUCUAUUGGUAACAUGCUCAGUUUUCAACCCGCUCAGUUUUCCACCCUCUCAGUUGUCCACCCCAAAACUCCAGAGAAUGGCCAAAAAGAGUAGAAGCAGCUCACCUGCUUUUACACUUUUUUAUAUAUACAUAUAUAUGUAUAUAUAAAAGGAGAGUUCAGUUUACGUAACAAGGUUGACCUUAAAAAUAAGGGACAGAUGAAAAUGAAUCACUAAUCACAUUAAAUAAAUAAUAAUCUUUUGAAAUGACUUUGUCAAAGUAACAAUAGCCAAAAAAAGUAUAACUUUACAAUGAUGGUGAAAACUUGGAGAAAUGUUGGGGUUAAGUGGGUUCAAAUCUUCCUAGAAGUCAGGUCACCGAGGGGGCACAGAGGGUCAUGUAAAAAUGCUGAUUUUUUUUUACUUUACCAAUUCUUUAUUCAUAUGGAAAAUCAGAUUAAUUUAAUUCUCCAUGUGGUCUAUAUUAAUAAAGGGCACUUCAUUUAAUAAACAGAAUUUAAAAAUUAAAUAUUGUUCCACAAUUUCUACUUAAAAUAUCAAAGGGAUGCAAAAGGCACUCAUUUCGUGGAAUGACCCUACUAUAUGGUGAAAGACACUACAUGUGGGGUAAAUCAGAAAUAAUUUUCUUAUAGGAGCACAAGGACAUUUCUUUCGCUUCUUUGUGUGACAGUAAUAUUACUUGUUUUUCUUCUGUUUUCUGCUUUGCUCAUAUGAGGCAAAGGACUGACUAGUAUUUCAGACUUUUUAGCAUAGCACAUUGCCUUUCUUCUCAUGCUCCCUUUUUGACACUCAAUAUGACAACUUUGUUUAGCUCCCAGGACUUGGUAGUCACUGUGCUUUAUUUUUAGUACUUGUUUUGAUAGCACAGCAUGGGUAUUGUAAAGGAUUCAGUCUGGAUCAGCUUGCAGGAGCUGGAAUUGGAUCCAUUUAGAUUUCUUUCUCUGGCAUUAUUCUUAGAGAAUGCAAUGUUUUUUUCUCGUAAAACAGUUUAACUGUUAACUGUUGUGCACUGAAAUAUAUAAACCAAUUUGUCUAUGGACUCCAAUAUAAGCUGACAAAGUACGUUUAGACUAGAUAUACUGUCUAUUGAAAAACGUUAGCAAUCGUUCUGUAAUGUUGUAUCAACUAUAAUUUGAACAACUUUUUUGACAUUAGUAAACAUUAAUUUUUUAUUUAGAACUUAAGUUUGCAGAGAAAACACUGUAAACCAGCAAUAUAAAUAUGAAUGUUUAUUAACUUGGUAAGUAGACAUAAGGCUUUUUAAAUUCUCAGAAUAUUUUAUUUCAUUUUGCUAGAAUCUGUCAACGAUCACUGAUUUUGUUGUGAUUUACACACGCAAAUAUGUUGUAUAUUGAGGAACAAGCAAAAAUAAAAUGUAUUUUCCUCAUAUUUUUUAUACGA